AUUACCCUUAUCAACCACACGUGUCGUACAAGGGUCAGCCGGUACCCUUCCAACCUUUUCAGAUGGAAAAACCUCUCUCGGUCGGAGCCUCCAGUAAUCCUUUUAUCACCAACACAACGCUUCCAUUUCUCUCUCUCUUUUUCUUGCUUUUUGAAAAAUAAAGGAAUCACUAAAAUAAAUACCUGCAACUGCAAAUAAUUAAAAUAAAUUCACUGUUCAGAGAAAAUUUUUUUUUUAAAAAUAUGCUUAAAUUGGGAAAAAUUAACGAGUACUCCUUUCGUUCUUCGUCAGCCUAAUAUCUCUUCUCUAAACAGAGAAUGGGAUUUUAGGGUUUUAAAAAACUUCUUUACGUUCAGUUACUGGUUGGUUUUUGACGGUUUUGAAUUUUGUUCAACGAAGGUGAGGAGUGGAACAGAGGUUAGGGUUUUGAUUGCUGGUAGUUAGGCCUUGCAUUGUGUUGGGUUACGUUUUUAGUUCGGUUUUGAUGAAUUUAAUUGGGUUUAGGAUAAUGGGUGUUUGUUAGUUUGUUGAAGAAUACUGAGAUGGGUUUGUGCGAGGAUUCAGCAUCGGUUGAUGAACCCUCGUGUGAUUCUGAUAUUGAGAAGGAUUCGUGUGUGGAGUUUAGGGAAAAGCUGGCCUCUGAGAGUUUUUGUUGCUCGGAGACUGGUUUUGAUAUGGUUGGUGCUAAUGUGAAAAGCAUUAAUACAGUGGAUCAGUGUUUGGGUUUGUAUAGUGAUGAUGCAACUCAUUGCCUGAGCUCUGAUGAUGUUGUAGAGGCAGGUAUUGAUGAAAGAGUUCGGUUGGUACCCAAGUUUGAAAAUUUGGUUAGUGUGGGUUUGGAGAAUGUGAUGGAUGAUGAAUGUGGUGUUAAUGGGGUUUGUUUGAAUGAUAGUCAGAGUGAAGUGGAUGUUUGUAAUUUGCCAGAUAGGUGUUUGGUUUUGUCUUCUGAUGAAAACAAUGUUUGUGUUACCUUGGCAAAUGUUACAGAAAUGGUUGCUGUGAAGAGAGUUGAUUCAGUCAGUAAGUGUGAAAAUGUGGCUGGUUGGGUUGUGGAGAAGAGGGUGGGUGAUGUAUGUGGGCCUUCUAUGAAUGACAGCCAGAUUCAAGUAGAUGUUUGUUGUCCAGAGAAUGAUGGAUUGCACUUGGAAAAUGGGGGGCUUCAAGGCAAGGAUGGGAUUGUGAAAUCACCGGAGGGUUGUGAAAUGCCCUUGCAAGGGGACACUUCAGGGAUAAAUCAUGAUCAACUGAAUGUUCUAGAAGAUGAGUUUAAGGGUGAUAGGACUGUUGGUUGUCUCUGUGGUGAGGAGAGUUUGAUUGAAGAGAAAAAUGAUGCUUUAGCUGUGGUUGAGAAAGAUAUUUGCAACAGAGGAUUAACCUUGCGGAGCCCUGAACUAGCACUUGUGACCAGUUCACCAAGAAAUAGUGCUCAACAGAAUAAUCAGAAGAGUGAUAGGAGCAUUGAUUGCCCCUCUUUAGAAGGGGUAGUCGAGUUCAUGGAAGAGAAAACAGAUGCUUUAGUCAGGGUACAGGAAAAUUCAUGUGAAGAAUUGCUGCCUUCACAAUGUUGUGAAAUGCCCACAGAAUUAAUGCCCCUGACUGGUUCACUGAAGAAUCUGGUUCGCCAGGAAGAUUCAGAAAAUGAUAAAAAAGCUGGCUAUCCUACAUCAGAAGGGGUUACAGAGUAUAUGGAAGAGAAAACCAAUACUUGUGACCAAAUGUUGUCUUCUCAAGGACGUGCACAGCCAUCAGAGUUUACACCCAGAACUGGUUUACUGGGAAAUUGCAUUAACCAGAACGAGCAGAAGGGUGAUGACACUAUGAACGAAGUUAUGGAAGCAAAAAAUGAUGCUUUCACUGGAACACAGCAGAAUGAGAUAAGUGAUGAUGGGAUUAUUGAUAGUCACUCUGCAGUGGGUGUACCAGAGGUUGUGGAGGAAAAAACUGAUGUCACAACUGGUGCAAAGGCUGAGAUUUGCACUCAGGUGUUGCCUGUAGAUGAAAGAUUAAAGGAACAUUCCUCUGGAAUGUUGCCCAACUAUUUUUUUGACAAAUUGGUUUCAUUGCAGUCAUGCUUGCCCACUGGUGUUGAUGAGAUUGGCUCUGGUAAUAGAGUGGAAGUGACAGAUCUCAUUCAGAAAGAUCCCUUGAUUGCUAUUAGUUCUAACAGUACAGUUGACUGUUCUGGACAGACAUAUUGUGAAGAAAAAGAUAAUACCAGAGUUGAUUGUUUCUCCAAACCUAAAUAUCCUGACAUUAUAUCAUCAUACUCUAGAAGGAGCAGUCAAAUAAGUAAAUCAUACCCAAAGACUAAGUUAAAAAUGAUUGUAAAGAAUAGCAGGAAUGCUACCAAAGUGAAAAUCCCACACAGAAGUGUUGAUAUUAUCUUCAAGGUUGCUAGAAGGAAGAGGAGCUCUCUCUCCAAACCGGCUCGUACUUCUAUCUGGGGAUUAUUGGGCAACAUUACUCAAAUUUUCCGUAAGAGUGACGUGAGUAGGUCAGGUCAAGUUCAGAAUCUAGGAUCACAGAAAGCAAAAGGCGGCAAAGGAAGUCGAAAGCAGAAUAAGGUUCGGGCCAGUGGAUGCUCAUUGGUUUCUAGUAAAAAAAAUCAUGAUUCAAGUAAAUGCCUCCGUUUGAAGGUUAAAGUAGGGAAUAAAGUUUGUCAAAGUAGUCUGAAUGUUAUGGUUCCAAAGAAGGGUGACAACAUUGCAUCUUGUGAUAAUAUUGUUGGUGAUCAUAGGGCCGUAGAAUUUCCACAAUUUGCCCAUGGUGUUGAAGAUAAAUCAGGGGAAGAAGGGACUGACAGACAGCUUCAGUGUUUCAACAAGAAUCCAGAGGAGACAGAAAAAUACUCGGAUGAUUCUUUUGUGGAUUUUCACCUAGCAAAUAAGGAAUUAGUGGGCACUGUAUUUUUUGACGAGGCUGCUGCAGAUGUUGCAGAGGAUCAUCUUGGGAUUCCUUCUCAUAAAGGGGCCCAGGGAUUGGCAGGAAUGACUGAGAACAAUUAUGUGAAUCCUGGAACUUCACCAGAUUCAGAAGUUAUUGAUGUAAUUCCUGAGGCCCAAGUUGGUGGUAAAUCUCAAGAAGGCUUGGAUAUAACCGUUUCAACUUCCUCCACAUCUUUUGCUAGUACUAGCAGUAAGAGAGGGAAGAAGAAAGACAAUGUCCUCCUUGCUGAUGCAUCAAUACAGCAAGGAAGUUUGACAGUUUCAGCAAGCAAAAACAAAGCUAAACAACCAAAGAAACGUGGAGGCAGAAAGAAAAAGGGUGAUGGUUUUUACUCCAGUGAGACUCUUUCUACAUUCUCUGGUGCAAAUGCUUCAAGCAACUCAUCAAGCACUGUAGAACUCUGUGUGGAACCACUGCCUUCAUCAGAAGAGACUGGACUUGGAAAUAUUGAAGAGGGAAUGAUAUCUUCCAUGAAAUCUAAGGAAUAUCCACUUUCCAAAAUUUCAAAAUCUGGUGGGAUGAGAAAGGAAAGGUCUAAAGUCUCUGGCUCAGCAAAGAGCAGGAGAAAAAAUGCUUGUACACAGGGGGGAAAGCAGCGGAAGUCUGUUCAGAAAAGCAAAGUUCUGGAGAAGGGUGUUUUGAUUACAAAAGGAGGAAAGAAAGUUCUUUGUGAUCAGGUUGAAAACAAGAUGGAAGAUCAACCAAAUAUAGGAAACCACAUUGCUGAUGAUAUUGAAAAAAAUGAAUCUGGCAACAUUAGCGUAUCUGAUGAUGUAGCUAAGGUGGGCAUGGUAUCAGCUGGUGUAAGUGAGCAGUGUUUACCUCCAGAAAGUGCUUGGGUGAGGUGUGAUGAAUGCUUAAAAUGGCGGUGUAUUCCAGUUGCACUUGCAAGCUCAGUUAACAACUGCAGAUGGGUCUGCAAGGACAACAUGGAUGAAGCCUUUGCUGAUUGUUCAACACCUCAAGAGAAGUCAAAUGAGGAGAUUAAUGCAGAGUUAGGUCUUUCUGAUUUUGAAGAAGAUGAUGGUUCUUUAAAUCCCAAUGGACCAAUGGAUUGUCCAAGUAUUGCAGCUACACCAGAUCCAACUUUUAGGCGUCUUAAUUCUAAUGUAUAUCUACAUCGCAGCCGUAAAACGCAAACAAUUGAUGAGAUAAUGGUUUGCCAUUGCAAGCCACCUCUAGAUGGUAGCUUGGGCUGUGGAGAUGAAUGCCUGAAUCGAAUGCUUAACAUUGAAUGUGUUCAAGGCACCUGUCCUUGUGGUGACCUAUGUUCAAAUCAGCAGUUCCAGAAACGCAAGUAUGCUGACAUGCGCUGGAGUCGUUGUGGGAAAAAGGGUCAUGGGCUGCUGUUACAGGAGGAUGUAACCAAAGGGCAAUUUAUUAUUGAAUAUGUUGGAGAGGUGCUUGACAUGCAAACUUAUGAGGCACGACAAAAGGAGUAUGCAGCUCUUGGUCAUAAGCAUUUCUACUUCAUGACAUUAAAUGGCAGUGAGGUAAUAGAUGCAUGUGCCAAGGGUAAUCUAGGCCGUUUCAUUAACCAUAGUUGCAAUCCUAACUGCCGUACUGAAAAGUGGAUGGUGAAUGGAGAAAUUUGUGUUGGACUUUUUGCGAUUAGGGAUAUUAAGAAGCAUGAAGAGCUGACAUUUGACUACAACUAUGUGAGAGUGUUUGGAGCUGCUGCCAAAAAAUGUUAUUGCGGUUCUCCUCAAUGUCGGGGUUAUAUAGGUGGGGAUCCACUAAAUACUGAAGUAAUUUAUCAAGGUGAUUCAGAUGAGGAAUAUCCUGAACCUUUGAUGCUUGAAGAUGGAGAUGAUUUGGAAAGUGCUGUAACCAGAGCCAGUUCCUUCUAUGGUGACAAGACUCAGUAUCCUUUAAAAAAUAAAGAUAAAAUUGAUGAUUCUGUCAGAGCUGUUCAACAACCAGGGAUCUUCAUAGAAGUUGAGAACCUUGUGAACCUGUCUGCAUCUGACAUUUCCCAAUUGCACAGUUCAUUGGAAGUGCAAGCAAAAGGAAAAUAUCAUUCAGCUCAGCCAGAAAGUUCCAUAGAAGCAAAAGAUGUAAAUCGUUUAUCAAUAUCCACUGUUUGUCAAGAGAUUUCCAUGGAAGAAGAUAGUGGUGAUGCUAAUAGGAAAGACAACUCCGAUACAGUUGAUGACAAGCAAGGGUCGCUAAAACCUCGCCCUCAUAUAAAAACUUCACAUUCAUCUGGCUUUAUGAAGAAAGGGAAGAUUAGUAGUAGUCAUCUAAACAGAAACAAAGUUAAGAUGGCAGCCAACAAAUUUCAGCUUAUCAAACCCAAGAAAGUAGUGGAAGGUUCUUUUAGUGGCCGUUUUGAAGCAGUUCAGGAGAAAUUGAACGAGUUGCUGGAUGCCAAUGGAGGCAUAAGUAAACGAAAAGAUGCUCCUAAAGGAUAUUUGAAGCUUCUGCUACUGACUGCUGCAUCGGGUGAUAGUGGCGAAGCAAUUCAGAGUAAUCGAGAUCUAUCAAUGAUUCUUGAUGCACUUUUGAAAACAAAAUCACGAGUAGUGUUGUUAGAUAUAAUCAACAAAAAUGGUUUACAGAUGCUGCACAACAUGAUGAAGCAGUAUAGAAGGAACUUUAAAAAGAUUCCAAUUCUCCGGAAGCUUCUGAAGGUUUUAGAAUAUUUAGCAGUGAGGCAGAUUCUUUCACGGGAUCAUAUACUCUCUGGUCCUCCUUGUGCUGGAAUGGAAAGCUUUAGGGAGUCUAUACUGUCAUUCACUGAGCACGAUGACAAGCAGGUUCAUCAAAUUGCACGGAAUUUUAGAGAUAAAUGGAUUCCUAAACCUUUCAGAAAACCUAGCUACAUGGACAGGGAUGGUGGCAGGAUCGAUUUUAUCAGGGGUGUUAACUGCAAUAGGUUCUUAGCUUCUCAUAAUCGAUGGCAUGAUCAAGGCUCAAGACCUCCAGAAGCAAUUGAUUGUGCCACACAGUCAGUCACAAUCACUUCUGUGGAUGGUACAGCCAAUAAGAUGGGAUCUGCGCCUUGUACUGGUGGUCUUCAGAUAACUGGCUCCGCAACUCGCAAACGUAAAAGUCGAUGGGAUCAGCCAGCAGAACCAGACCUAGAUUCAAGAUUUGUUACUCAUAAGGAACAUAAGCAUGAAUCUACAUUGCAACAGCAGUGUGAAAAUUCCAGCUCAUUUUCCGUUAGAGGUCAACUAAUGCCCAAUCAUGCUGAUAAGCUGAGCAGAGAAGACAGCAACUGCCCUAACUGUGUCCACAACUACUAUAACCGAGAUGAAGCUGUUAGCUCUGAAGAUGGGGGGCAAACUACUCAAGAAGAUGCUCCACCGGGUUUUUCAUCUCCCUUUAACGUACCUCCCGGUUCAUCAGAUGCCUCGUCAACUACUAAUCUUCCUCAGCAAAGUGUUUUACAUCAAAAGUGUUUAUGUGAUGUGGCUAUUGGGCAUCCUCAGCAGAAAUUCAUUUCGAAAAAGCCUGUUUCAUAUGGUAUUCCAUUACAUAUUUUGCAGCAGUUUGGGUCACCCCAAGCUGAAACUCCCGAUAGCUGGGUUAUUGCUCCAGGCAUGAUUUUCCAUCCUUUUCCACCUUUACCCCCAUUUCCCCGUGACAAGAGGGCCCCUCCACCCGUUUGUACUGAUAGCUGUAAAACUGUCACUGAAACUAUAGAAGAAUUGCAACAAGACAAUCACUGCUUACCCACUUGCCAUCCUGAGGAAGACAAUCCAAGCACAACAGGAACUAACCAAUCAGAUGCAGAAAUACAACAAACAUGUAAACGAAUGAGGGGAUCGUCAAAUGAUUUGGGGAGAAGGUACUUCAGGCAACAGAAAAGGAAGGGGCCCCCAUGGCUUUGGAGAAGAAAUGAGCUUUCUUAUUGUUCACAGGAUAUUAGAGCGGAUAAACCAAGCAGUAAUUUUUAUCAGCGUCAAUCCCAACAAAAUCAUCAUUGAAUUGAUUUAUAGGAAUUCUGGAUUUUUCAUCCACCCCAUUAAUGUAUUCUCAAUUCUUUUACUUGUGGGUUUCAUUUUUCUAUGAAAAUUUUAUUCAAUUUCAGAA